GGAGAGCAUAUUUUGUCUAAACUAUCUCUUACCUCUCAUAACUUAUUUGAGUUUUGGCGGGUGAAAGAUUUGCAUGGAGAACUAUGGGUUUUUAAAAUUUGGAACUCUGAGGCAAUUCUUUUCCCAGCUCUGGCUUUUGUGGACUCUGAUUCCCCAGUGAAUUACCCAUGAGGAAAUCUGACCAGUUCUUGCAACUCUAAAAUCAUGGCUCAUGAUUUGGUGAUAUUCAGAGAUGUGGCUGUAGACUUUUCUCAGGAAGAGUGGAAAUGCCUGAACUCAUAUCAGAGGAAUUUGUACAGAGAUGUGAUAUUAGAGAACUAUAGCAACUUGGUGUCAGUGGGAUGUUCCAUUUCUAAGCCAGAUGUAAUUACCCUAUUAGAGCAAGGGAAAGAACCUUGGAUGGUUGUGAGGGAUGAGAAAAAAAGAUGGAGUCUGGAUUUGGAAUCCAAAAAGUUAUCUCAAAAGGACAUUUACGAAAUGAAUUUAUCUCAGUGGGAGAUAAUGGAAAACAUUAGAAGUUGUAGCCUGGAAGACUGCCUUUUCAGAAAAAAAUGUGAAUAUAAAAAGUUUGAGAGACAAAAAGGUCCUCAAAUGGGAUAUUUCAGGCAAGUGAAAAAAAACACCUCUGAAAAAAGGCCUACUUACAGAAAACUCAAAUCUCUUACUUCAUAUCAGAGAAUUCAUAAUAGAGAGAAAACCUAUGAAUGUGGGGAAUGUGGAAAGGCAUUUAGAGUACGCCAACAACUUACUUUCCAUGAGAGAAUUCACACUGGUGAGAAACCCUAUGAAUGUAAGGAAUGUGGAAAGGCCUUUAGACUUCCUUCAUCACUUAUUCAACAUCAGAGAAUUCAUACUGGUGAGAAGCCCUAUGAAUGUAAGGAAUGUGGAAAGGCCUUUAGAGUUCCUUCAUCACUUAUUCAACAUCAGAGAAUUCAUACUGGUGAGAAGCCCUAUGAAUGUAAGGAAUGUGGAAAGGCCUUUAGACUUCCUUCAUCACUUAUUCAACAUCAGAGAAUUCAUACUGGUGAGAAGCCCUAUGAAUGUAAGGAAUGUGGAAAGGCCUUUAGACUUCCUUCAUCACUUAUUCAACAUCAGAGAAUUCAUACUGGUGAGAAGCCCUAUGAAUGUAAGGAAUGUGGAAAGGCCUUUAGACUUCCUUCAUCACUUAUUCAACAUCAGAGAAUUCAUACUGGUGAGAAGCCCUAUGAAUGUAAGGAAUGUGGAAAGGCCUUUAGACUUCCUUCAUCACUUAUUCAACAUCAGAGAAUUCAUACUGGUGAGAAGCCCUAUGAAUGUAAGGAAUGUGAGAAGACAUUUAGACUGCUCUCACAACUUACUCAACAUCAGAGUAUUCAUACCGGUGAGAAACCCUACGACUGUAAGGAAUGUGGAAAGACCUUUAGACUUCAUUCAUCACUUAUUCAACAUCAGAGAAUUCAUUCUGGAGAGAAACCAUACAAUUGUAAGGAAUGUAAGAAGGCAUUUAGACAACACUCACACCUUACUUACCAUCAGCGAAUUCAUAAUGUAACUAAAUAGUUGUAAGAAAGCUUUCCAUUGUGAAUUUUGUGUUAAGGAGCAUUGGAAACGUUUUUAAAUGUAGAGAUCUCUUUUACUUCAUGCUCACAACUAACUUAAGAGGUUUUAUUUUAAAGGAAGAAUGUGUUCAUGAACAUGAAGAAGACAUUCAUCACCAUUUAAAUCAUGUUAAACUUGAGGAAAUUGAUUCUAGAAUGAAAUUCUCUUAAAGGAGUGAAUGUGGAAAAGAAAUUGAUAAAGUAAUGUUUUUUAGUAGAGUAUUUUGCAACACAUGAAGUUAAUGGGACUAGACAGGAUUCUAAGUAGAGGUUAAAAACAUUAGAUGAAAGAUUGAUAGGAACUUGAUUGUGACUAGGUCAGCUUGACAACAUGUGAACUCACUGAUCAAUUUUAACCUCAUCAAAAAUAAGACAAAAUAUAUUCCUCUUAAUGAGGUAAAAUAAGACAUCUUGCCAAAAAAUAUUGAACCUGAAUCUAAUUAAUUAUUAAGAUCUAACUCCCAAUUCAGAGAAAAUUCAGGGAAUAGAACAAAUUUUAAAAGCAAUUAAAUAUAAAAUAUGGAUAAUUCUUCAAGAGAGAUUUACCUGGUUUCUCAACCAAUAAAAUGGCACUGAAAAAGGGGAAGUGAAACUCAUAGAUACUAAGUCUUCAGAGGUGUAUGAAUCAAAUGUAAAUAACGUUAAGAAAUUUUGUUAUUAAGUGAUUAUAAAAUGUUUAUGUAAAAAUGUCUGAAGUGGAUACAAGCAAGAUGAUAUGAUGUCUGUAAUUUUCUUUAAAAUACUCAUGAGAAAGAAGGUGGAUAACAAGUUUGUCAAAAUGGCAGUAAGUCCUGGUUGGGUAGCUCAGAUUGUUAGAGUAUUGUCCCAAUAUGCCAAAGUUGCAGAU